AUGAAGAUAUUAUCCAGGAUCUACUUGUCAGUUGUCACUGUAGCGGAUGGAUAUGUUCCACAGCGUUAUAACAGACAAUGGAAUCAUCCUGCAGGUCCGAAAACUAUCUUCUUCUGGGCUCCAUUGUUCAAAUGGGUUCUUGUGAUUGCCGGUCUCGGCGAUAUAACCCGUCCCGCGGAAAAGCUCAGUCUCGUGCAGUCUACAGCUCUCCUUAGUGGCUAUAUAUGGGCAAGGUAUUCUCUUAUCAUUAUACCACGGAAUGUCAACCUGUGUCUGGUGAACCUAUUCGUUGGCUUGGUUGGGUCUGUACAGUUAACCCGGAUAUAUUUAUACAGAAAAUCACUUGAAACACCCGAUCCCAAAAAGCAGGAAUAA